AUGUUGAACAUGCACAGAAGCGCACCUAAUAUUUUAAUAACAGGCACACCUGGCGUGGGCAAGAGUAUGAUGUCGCGUAUGUUGUCACAGAGAACUGGACUGGAAUGGCUUGAUGUCAGUAAACUAGCUAUCGAGAAUGAGUGUCUGGACGAAUAUGACGAGGAGUAUCAAUGCAGCGUGUUGGACGAGGAUAAGUUAUUGGACAGUAUGGAGAGUCUUAUGAGCGAAGGAGGAAAAAUUGUUGACUAUCACAGUGCAGAGUUUUUUCCUGAAAGAUGGUUUGACAUUGUAUUCGUGCUCAGAACGGACAACACUAUCUUGUAUGAUCGUCUCAAGGAAAGAGGCUACUGUGGGAAGAAACUGGAGGACAAUAUAGAUUGCGAAAUUUUUCAAACUAUUCUUGAAGAAGCGAGAGAAUCCUACAGGGAAGAAAUAGUACAUGAGCUAACAAGUAAUACUCCAGAACAACUGACAGAUAAUGUAAAUAGAAUAUGUCAGUGGCUGGAACAGUGGAAAAUAGAUAAUCAGCAAACUUGAGAAUAUCUAUUAAAUCUUCUCUCUUUUACGGUUUAAUUUUCUUAUUUUAUAUUUACAUUAUCCAAAAUAUCUAAAUGAAGCUAAUCUAAAUUAAGUUAAAAUAAUAUCAUAUAUGUAUAAACUUAUUUAGAUUCUAAUAAUUCGCCAAGUAGAAGGCAAGCAUUUUUAAAAAACUUUAUCAUGCCUAAUUGCGUAUUUUCUGCUGUGAGUUUAUAUACAUUUUCCAGUUUUAUGGACCAAACGCACACAAUCUUAUCACUUAAAAUGCAGUCUUUAAGCCAAAAUAUUACAAAUUAAAUUGAUAAAAAAUUUAAUAAAAUAUUCGUUACAAGUAAA